AUGAGGACUCUGGUCACCAAGUACCUGCUUCCUCUGUUGUUGCUGCUGCUGCUGCCAGUGCAGCCUCAAACCCAUUGGAAGGAGAGAUUCCCAGGAGCAACUGAAGACUUUUUAGAUUAUUUGGAAGAUAUUUAUAGUUCAGGGCCUACCAGACCACCUACCAAAGCCAAAUUCAUAGAAAAGGUCAUUGCUAAUAAGCAGAGAAAAAUAACCGAUGGGGAUUAUUGUAAUGAUGAAAUUAAGUACAAAAAUGUUCACUAUAAGCUUGGUUGUGUGCAAAGCCACUACUUCAUCAAUACAACAUAUGAAGUUUUGCAGAACGUCUGCACCACUCACCCUGAGGUGCCAUGCAAGAAUGGAAUUAGAAGGUGUAGGGCAAGCAGCUUCUUAAUAAAGGCAGUAUAUUGUAUGUUAACAUCAGGAACAAGGAUGCCAGAAUGCUACUAUGACAGUUUUGAAAGGAACGGUUAUGUCCUUAUGACUUGUCGAUGGCACAAUGAAACCCGAGAAUUUCUUCCUGACCAUGUACAAGAUGUAAUACAACCCUAA